CCUUUCACGAGCAGCGAAGAAUGGAGAGAGCCGCUAACGACAAUCCGCUGUUAGCCUGAAACAUCAGUCACAACACCGAGAAACCUUUACAUAAAGCUCCGGACAGCUCUGCACACUUCAGGCGUGACAUAUACAGAAGCCGUGUCCUCGUCUGGAUUUAUAACAGCGAAGGUCUUUCACCUUCUCCUUCCUGUGACAGAUGUUGAGGCCGGAGAUCAGCCUGUCCUAACAACUGUGAGGUGACAGGGUGAGGACAGGAGGAGUGUCGGUCAGCUUUGCCAGGUUUUGUCUCAUGAGAGUCACUGUGCCACCCAGGCACUGCCAGUGACCGGGCUGUGGCUGUGGAGGGCCCGGCCCAGGAGGCCUUUUUCUACAUCACUCCGGGCUCCUGCUGACCUGUGCUGCUCACACCAUGGAUCAACAGAGAGAUAAAUAUGGCGAGCGGCCCGCCAGGAGCACUAAAGUUUCCCAGGGAAGCCGCAGCGGACACUCGUCCCGACCAUCCGGCUCCUCCAGCUCGUCCGGGGUUCUCAUGGUGGGGCCAAACUUUCGUGUGGGCAAGAAGAUCGGCUGUGGAAACUUUGGGGAAUUGAAGCUUGGUAAGAAUCUCUACACCAACGAGUAUGUAGCUAUUAAACUGGAACCAGUGAAGUCGAGGGCACCACAGUUGCAUCUCGAGUACCGGUUCUACAAAACACUGGGAACUACAGCUGAAGGCGUGCCCCAGGUGUUCUACUUUGGGCCCUGUGGGAAAUACAACGCCAUGGUUCUGGAGCUGCUGGGCCCCAGUCUAGAGGACCUGUUUGACCUUUGUGACCGGACCUUUUCACUGAAGACUGUCUUAAUGAUAGCUAUUCAGCUGGGCUGCAGCUUGACCGUUCUGGUGAUGCAAAACAGGAAUGAAGCAGAAGGAGGCCAGAGCGAUCAUUUUGGAGUUUUUAACGUUGAGUGUGUACGAUUUAGAGGCAUCUAG